UUGCAGAGGGGACUCCAGCGACUUCGACAAUUUCAAUCAAUCGCCACUUUGAUUUCUACACUGUUGAAUUUAACAGUUAUAACUUCAAUUGAAUUGUUAUUACUACCUUUUCAACUUUUAUCCGUAUACGGAUCAGUAUUUAAUCAUGUUUUCCGUCUGCAGAAGAGGUCCCGCCUCAAUAUCUAGAGCCCUUCGCGCAGUCCCUUCGACCAUUCGAAUUCCUUCAACCAGACCUUCAACUCUUUCUCUCAUUUCGCAAAAGACCUCUUUACCAGUUUUGGAGUCAAGAUGGUUACAUGUAUCCUCGGCUUCCCAAUUACAAAGUGCUGCCACUCAAGAAGCUGCCGUCGUUCAAGAAAAUAAAGUCAUUAAUCGUUUCGAUGAACUCACCAAAUACGGUCUGGUUCACCCAAAUGUUGUCAAUGAAAUCACUCAAACCAUGAAACUCGAGACCAUGACUGAGGUCCAAACUUUGACUAUUAACAAGGCUUUACAAGGACAUGAUAUUAUUGCACAAGCACGAACUGGUACCGGAAAGACAAUUGGUUUCUUACUUCCUACUAUUCAAAAUAUCCUCGAGAAGAGUCCUGAGCUUGCAUCUCGUCAACGUUAUUCCAGAGCAAGAGCUUCUGAUAUCCGCGCAAUCAUUAUUUCACCUACCCGUGAAUUGGCAGAACAAAUUGCUGUCGAAGCGGUCAAGAUUACAAGAAGUACAGAUUUGAUUGUACAAGUUGCAGUCGGUGGGUCGAGCAAAAGAGAGAUGCUUAGAAAAGUUCAACGUGAGGGUUGUCAUAUCCUUGUCGGAACCCCUGGAAGACUUCAAGAUCUUUUGACCGAUGAAUACAGUCAAGUAUCUGCUCCGGGAUUAACAACUUUGGUUCUCGAUGAAGCCGACAGACUUUUGGAUGAUGGAUUCUCUAAGGAUAUUGAUAACAUUAAAGACCUCUUACCUAAACGAAACGAAGUUGACCGACAAACAUUAUUAUUUUCCGCCACCGUUCCAAAAGAGGUUAUGGGUCUCGUCAGAAGAAUCUUGAAACCGGAUUAUAAAUUCGUCCAAACCGUUAAGGCAGGAGAUGUAGCCACACACGAAAGAAUCCCUCAAAAGGUUGUCACUGCUACUGGAAUGGAGAACAUCAUGCCAGCGUUGGUCGAAAUUUGCAAGAAAGGAAUUGAAAAGGCUAAUACCGAAGGUUCCUCUCCAUUCAAGGCUAUCGUAUACUUCAACUCAACCGCGAACGUUCAAUUGGCUGGAGAGAUCAUGAAAGGAAUAGAUUCCCUUCAAUCAAUUGAUGUUUCUGCUAUUCAUGGCAAGCUCACACAAGAAAGAAGAACUAGAGUUACAGACAGAUUCCGUCGUGCCACGUCUGCUGUCAUGUUGUCCAGUGAUGUUACAGCUAGAGGAAUGGAUUUCCCCAAUGUUACUCACGUCAUUCAAGUCGGUAUCCCUAGAGACAGAGACACAUACAUUCAUCGUGUAGGACGAACUGGAAGAGGAGGCAAGGAAGGAGAAGGAUGGCUCUUAUUGACAAAAUCUGAAGUCGUAGGAGCUCGUCGAACAUUGUCUAAUCUUCCAAUCACAUCUGAUCGUACACUCGAGACCCCCUUUGUCGAUAUGAAACAAGAUGCUCAAUUACCAUCCACUACCGCAGAAAUCCUUAAUGAAGUCGGUCAAGCAACAAAGAGAGUUGACCGUGAGAUCAAAGUCGACGCAUACAUGGGUGCUCUUGGCCAAGGUCAGAAGGGUGCAAACCCUAGGGCAAUUUUGGAAGACAUGAACAACUGGACCAAAUUUGGUUGGGGUUGGGAGAAACCUCCUAUGAUUGGCCCUGGCCUUGCACGCAAAUUGGGAAUUGAUAGAAUCCCCGGCGUUAACAUUGGACAUGAACCUCGCGCGGAUGAUGACGACUUUGGUAGUGGACGAGGAUUUGGAAGCAGUGGUGGAGGACGAGGAUUUGGAAGCAGCAGUGGUGGUGGUGGUGGAAGAGGAUUUGGAAGCAGUGGUGGAUCCAGUGGAGGAAGAGGAUUCGGUGGUGGCCGAGGUGGUGGUGGCCGAGGUGGUGGAAGUGGAGGUGGUAGAGGAUUUGGUGGAAGAAAUGGUGGAAGUGGUGGAAGAAAUGGUGGAAGCGGUGGAAGAGGAUUCGGUGGUGGUGAUAGAGGUGGUUCCAAAGGAGGAUUUGGCUCAUCUUCAAGUUUCUAAACAAGGUUUGAUACUUGAUUUGUUCGACUAAAUCGCUUGUUUGUGUAUCACCACUUCCUUUCUGUCUCAGUUUCCUUCCCCUUUCCUUUUCAUUUUGCUUUUGUCUCGGCUCAUCCUGUUUUGCUACAUUUUGUCAGAUUUUCGACUGGUACAAGAUGACAAGGAGAUAUGCCAUACGCAAGAUUCGAGAAAGGAAUUUGGGCAGAAAAACGACACUCAAAUUUAUGCGUUUUUGAUACAUAAAAUUCUUCGAUUCUUGUUAGAACAUUGUAGCAAAUAGAUAGGAAGGAUACAAAAAUGGGCAAACCGGCGGGGAAUGGAGCUUAGGCGUUUCUUGUUUGGGAGCGACAAUAGCUGUAGUUCAUUCAGCAAGCGCAAUGCUCCCUUGUAUACCUACCUACAUACCUAUGUAUAACUUACGAGUUAGAUGGAUAACGAGGAGAAUCUUUUGAAGGCAUUGGAUGGGAUGGAGAAAAGGGAAUGAUUUUUUUUUACAGUGGAGAGUUGGGGAUGGAUAGAUUUGCGGUAGGGGAGGGGGAGAAAGGCAUUACUGGGUGAGUCAGCAGUGAGUGGAUGGGGAAUGGAUAGGAUAGUCAUAUGGAUAGGCAUAAUUCUACUCUUUAUUUUAU